AUGAAAACUGCAUUAUUUUUGCUGUCUGUUGGAAGUGCAUUCUGCUUCACCUCCUACAAUCCCUAUUAUCCCUAUAACUCCUACAACAACAACAACAACCAGAACGUAAACGUUCAAAGCAGUACAUUGGAUGGAAUACUGGCUAGGGCCUCGCCACAAGCUGUUGGGGCGUACUCUCAAAUCGUACAGAACUUCUCGCAGUCACUCGCUGAUGUCAAGAGUGCUCUUGAAAAUUGGUCCAAAACAUACGGGCUUGAGCAAGAGUACAAGAAGUUUGUAGCGGAUUCUGAGAAGGAAAAUGCAGAUUUCAAGAAGGCCAUCACCGAGUUGUUCCCCAAACUAACAAAAUUUUUCAAUGAUUAUUUUAAAAUUGGUGACGACAAGAAACAAUCAAUAAUGUUGGCAUACAACAAAACAGCUGCAUUGACAAGUACACUUGAUGAUAAACAAAAAGCGGCUAUCGAAUUCAUAAUGAAAACUUACAUGCCAUCACUGCUGAAUGCUAUUCCCAGUAAUCAAGGUAGUACGGGAGGACUCUCAGGAAACAUCGGAAUAUAUCCUGGAUACAACGGAGGUCUCUCGGGAAACAACGGCAUUUAUCCGGGAAACAAUGGAGGAUACUCACAAAAUGGAGGAAACGCCUAUAAUGGAGGCUACACUGGAAGCAAUGGAGGAUAUCAAGGAAAUCCUGGAGGCUUUCCUGGAAUGAAUGGAAUGUUUCCGGUGAACACUGGCACAUACCCAGGAAAUAGUGGAGGCUUUCCACAAAAUAAUGGAGGUUAUGCUGGAAAUAACGGGGGAUAUCAAGGAAAUUUCCAAGAAAACAAUGGAGGGUUUCCCAACAACAACGGAAUGUAUCCAGCAAACAGCGGUGUAUAUCAAGGAAGUACAGGAGGCUUUCCAGGAACAAAUGGAGGUUUUUCGAACAGCAAUGGAGGCUUCCAGAACAACAAUGGAGGUUUCCCAGUUGUGAACAAUAAUGGAAGGAUGCCUCUCGGAAACUCUGGUCUUAGUGGCUACGCAACAAAUCAAGGAGGAUAUCAAGGCCAGAAUGGCGUAUUGCAAGGAUUUAACAUGGGAAUCCCUAACAGCAAUGGAAAUAAUGAGAAGCGACCCAGUUUUGGUUCAAAUGCUGUGCAAGGAAAAUAA